UACAGCUGUUUUGUUGUUUCUAUUUCUUCGAUAGGAUUGGUUUCCAAACUAGUUCGUGAAAGCGUUUGAAAAUGCCGGAGCCGCGCAGCCCUAUGCAGAGCUUCGCACAGUCAGUGCAGAAUACCAUUGAUGGCCCCAUUACGUGGUUCCGAGAGACGAUUGUCGAGCCAAAUCAACAGAAAUACAAUUGGUAUCAUCAGCGCUAUCGUCGCGUGCCAACCAUCGAUCAAUGUUACACAGACGAUGCCGUUUGCCGCUUCGAGGCCGAUCAGCAAUUCAGACGCGAUCGUAUGGUGGACAACGAGAUUGUGAACAUCUUGCGUCAACGUUUCGAGGAUUGCAUGCUCUACGAGGCACCCGAUCACAUUGCCAAGUGCACGCCGCUACUGGAGACAUACGAGAAGGCCUCAGAGAACUGGUUCGUUAAGUAUGGUGAUUUGGGCGGCUAUGCCAAUGCCAAAACGUGCUAUAUGAAGCAAAAGCAUCGUUUGAUUUGGGAACGUCGCCAUGGCCCAGUCGGCAGCGGCAUGAAGAGUGAGGAUACUGUUGGCAGCAAUCACUAAAGCAUCGUAUUGUUCCCGGCUGAGUUAAAUUUCCGCAAAACUUGUUUCUUGAACGUGCUUCAGCAAAACAAAACAAAUAUACAUGAUCCAAUCGAAGAAUACCAGCUAAA